AUGGAGUUUAAGGAGGUAGAUUCCAAUGGUAUAUGGGCAUAUGAUGCAGUUUAUGAGCUAGCCAUGGCUGUUGAGAGGGUACAAACUGCAACAGAAUUCACUUGGAAAGACCUGGGUAACAAUAUUGGCACAUCACUACUUUUAGACGAGAUGUUAAUAGUCAGGUUCCAUGGUUUAGGUGGUGAAUUCAAGCUUAUGAAAGGGAGGAUCAUCUCCAAUGCCAUGGAAGUGGUGAAUGUGAUCGACAAGGGUGAUAGGAGGGUUGGGUUCUGGAUGAUGUCUACUGGUGAAUUUGUGAAAGGAAUUGGAAUCCCGGAUUCCAUUUCCAACCGUGGAUUGCAAAGUAUCAUCUGGCCGGGUGGGACUACAAGCAUUAAUCGAAAGCGUAGGAAGCUACAAACAAAUGGCAAUAAGAAGCUCAGAAUUUUGUUUCCCAAUUUCGGUAGAUUCCCAAAUUUAGUACAAGUGACUGUAGAUCCCAAAACAAAUCUAUCGGGUGUGAGUGGCUUCUAUGGAGAUGUUUUCAGUGCUGCGUUUAACGCCUUAGACUAUGGAGUAGGGAUUGAGGUUUUUCCAUUUAAAUAUGAGGUUGGAAUUACUUACAACGAUCUAAUUCAAAAAAUCUAUCGUAAGGAAUAUGAUGCUGCUAUCGGGGAUUUUACAAUCACAACAAAUAGAUCUCUCUAUGUUGACUUCACAAUUCCGUUCACUGAUCUUGGAGUUGGCAUAGUAGCCCGAAACGCCAAGAACAGCAUGUGGAUCUUCUUAGAUCCUUUUAGUGCGGGUCUUUGGAUCACAAGUGUUUGUUUCUUUCUCUUUUUGGGGUUUGUCAUUUGGUUUAUUGAACAUCCUACAAACAAAGAAUCUCAAGGUUCAACAAUACAACAAAUAGGAACCACCCUGUCGUUCGCCUUUUCAGCCCUUGUUUAUGCUCACCGGGAGAAGCUGCAAAGUAAUCUAUCAAGAUUCGUGGUUAUUGUUUGGGUUUUUGCAGUGCUUGUUCUCACAUCAAGUUACACUGCAACAUUGAGCUCAGUUUUAACAGUACAACAGAUUGGAAUGAAUGAGAUCUCUACGGGAUUCCAGAAUCUUUCUCCAGUAGGGGGGUAUGUAUUUAACAAAUUGAAACCUGUUGAUGUCAAUUUGGAGAAACUAUAUACACCUGAGGAUUACUCUAAAGCAUUAAGAAAUGGAAGAGUUGAUGCAAUCGUCUCUGAGAUUCUUUACAUCAAAUCAUUCCUUUCAAUGUAUCCGGCUACCGACGUCUCCUUGAUUGCAACAGCAUCCACCACCAAUGGUUUUGGCUUUGCGUUCCAAAAGGGUUCGCCCUUGGCGAGAGAGGUGUCAACUGAGAUAGUGAAGAUGCGGGAAGAUGGGACAUUGAAAGCAUUAGAGGAUAAGUGGUUGAAACAUGAAUCUGCAGUGAUGUCAAAGGAUUUUUCUUCCCCUUCACCAAAAAUCCUGAAUCUUUACCGGCUUCGAGGUCUCUUUGUUAUCAGUGGUGUGUCGAUUGCAUUAGUCCUUUUGGUGUCCAUGAUUCAUCUUGUUCCCAAAAAAUGGCAUGCCAAAAAUAUAACAAAGACACUAAGGUCUGUCUUACGAAAUACAUGCACAAGAUAG